AUGGAUAUUAGACGGCGCGUUCCUUUCAAGUUUGCAACCGAAACAGAGAACGAGAACGAUAAUCUAGUUUUUGACGAGCAAGAACAAGAAGAGCUCAUUCAACAGUUGAGAGAAGAGCACAACAAAUCAAUUUUUUGGUACGAAAUUGGCAUCUUGGGUAUAUUGGCCUUGUCUGGAUUACUACACCUCAUAUAUCUGAUCAACCCCUCCAAGGACCCGCUAUCGUUCUCCAUAAUCGACACCAACAAUGCCCGAGCGGACAUUCCCCUUCCUCGAUUUUUCUCCCUCCUCAAUAUCUUUCUUCACGCCAGCCUACUUUUCUACCUAAGUCCCGGCUCGCUACCUCAACAGUUCCGACCGAACGAUUCAUCCUUCCCGCUGCCGUUCUUACCACUGUCUCUCACCCAUAUGUACACCCUAUCCCUGGUCGCCCCAGUGAUGUGUGUAGUUCUACAAACGUCGUACACCACAUUUUUUUGGUGGUGCGAAACAAGUUUGGUAAUAUAUGUCGUACAAGUGGUACGAGAGGCAAUUUCGCUGGGAGAUGAAGGAAUCGAGAGGUUAGAAAAUAUGAAAUAUCGAGCACCGGGUGCAUAG